AUGCCCAAACUCCCCUCCUUCCUCCGCAGCCUCUACUCCAAGCCCCUACACCGCUGCCUCCUCCUCGGCGUCAACGACUCGGGCAAAACCGCGCUCCUCUACCGCAUGCUCCUCGAUGAGCUUGUCGUAUCGAUUCCUACCAUCGGGUUUAACUGUGAGGACAUCCCCGUCGGCCGCGACACAAUCCAGUUCUGGGACAUUGGCGGCUGCGGAACGAUUCGUCCCUUGGUUCGCUUCUACAUGCAACCUGGGGGCAAUAUAUUAUUCCUUAUCGACACAGCCACGUGCAUAUCGGAUCCCGAAAUUCUAUCAUGGACGCUCGACGAGCUGGUGUUUCAAGCCCAAGCUUCCAGAGAUAACGAAGGGGGUUUCUUCGGUGUUGCAUUUGGGAAGCAAGACCGUUUGGAGAAUGCGCUUGAUCCCAGAGUCGUAGAGUUGGAGAAGAGUAUAAGAUCGGCCAUGGAAACGGUUUAUGGGGGCGGAAAAGAAGGAACUAGGUGGGGUAUAUAUCGAAACGAAGAAGGCGGCGGUAUUUCGGCUGUGACGGGGGCGGGUGUGGGUAACGGGUGGUUAGUGCGCGAGUUCUUAAAAGGAAUAAAGGCAGGAUUGGAGGAUAAGAAGAUUGAUUUGAGGCCUCCGAUGACAUCGCCGCCGGCGCCGCAGAAGGACCCGCUUGACGAAAGUCAGCUUCGCGCCCUGAUAGAGAAGCAGAAUGAGGAUGAUCCACAUAUCAAUCUGACAGCGGCUGGAUUUUUCGAGAAGAUGGAGUCGGGUAUGUUGGAAAAAUGGGAUCAUCGGGCGCAUCUUAGAGCAGGUUACUACGUCCUGAUUGAAAAUUUGUGGGUGGGACAUGGCCUCUGGGAAGCUGCAGAAGACUUUCUUGGAAAGCUGGAGAGGAUGUUGGCCAGUGAUUCCAAAUUAGCCGAAAUCGAAGGAAGAGAAAAGAGGUUUAGGAAUACUGUGCACCGCACAAUGACGACCUUCUAUCUGCACAUGAUUCAUAUUUCUCUCUUAGAUUUUACUACUCAGAACCCCUCUAAUCUCCCAAAAUCUACCGACUUUCCUAAAUUCCUCCUGUCAAACCCUCACCUGAUGAGCCCUCAACUUUGGUCCGCCUAUUAUACCAAAGACACCUUAUUCUCACCCACAGCCAAAUCAGCCUGGGUACUUCCAGACUUGAGUCCUCUUCCCACGUAUAUCGGCCCUGCAACUAGUAAUAGUGAAAUCAAGAAGGACAUUGCUAGUCAGUUAAACGAGACUGAAAGACUGCAAAGAUUUGCGUUCGCAGUCCUCAAACACGUAAAAGCAACUAACCAACGUCGCGGAAAAGUCAUAAAGGACUCCCUGUCUGCUCUGCAAAAACACAUCAUCCACCAACGGUCUAAAGGUAUCAGUCUCGAAGCCUAUUCUGAGACCAAAGCCUACUUCUGGAUUCAGAUACUCCACGCCUCAAUCGACAGCCUCGGAGAUAAGGGAAUCGACAUUACUACUCUCUCAUUCUCCUCAUUCGUGCUACUUUUCCAGGAGCUUCUAAGACAACCCGCUAAGGGAAGAGAGGUCUGGAGGACUUAUUAUACCGAAAAGGCAUGGGAGAGUAUCGAAGCUAGAAUGGGGCUGGUAUUUCCGACACUGAAGCCGCUGCCGAAUGUGAUAGUGCCGCCGACGGAGAAGGAACGAGAGGCAGCGGCAAGGAGAGAGUUAGAAGCGAGGAUUAUAGGUAGAGAGAAUGAUUUAUCGGAUGUUGAGGUGAUGCUAUGUCAGUUUUGGAUUAUUAGUGAGAUUCGGGAGGCAGAGGUAGGGAGACCGCCUCAUACUCACGGGGGGCUUCUGUGGAGUAUAUUUUCGGCACUAUGGUACGCUCAAAAGGGGGACAGAAGUAUGGGAGAUGCGUUAAAUGAGGUUUUGGUGGCGGAUUUGAGGGGAAAGGAGCUCAAAAGGAAGCUUGGGUUCACAGAGAAGGCCUUUUGGGCUCGGGUUGUGCUGAAACGGUUCCUAGAGUUUAAGCUUGUGAACCCAGGCGAUGUGGGAGAUGGGGAUCUUAGAGGGGCGAUUUUGAUGAACUUUCAAAGCUUUUUGGCAAAGAACAGGGAGCUGGCUUUAGAGGAUAUGUGGCAAGGCUACUAUUCGGCAGAAACGUGGCAUAGUGAAGAUGCAGCGGUGAGGUUUGUUCCACCAGAUUUGAAGGAGACUGAGAACUUUAUGUGA